AUAGUUAUUUUUAUUGUUGUUGACCAGUCAGAGAGCUGGAGAGAGAGCGCGGCGUUGUAUGAGCAAUAAAGUUGGAGUUAAACAUGACGCUCGUGCCUUGAAUAGCUCCCGCUGUGCAGGCACUUACAACUACUGCCUUCUGCAACAACGAAGAUCGUAAGCUGAUCGAUGGUGAUCAGCGGCGAGUGAUGCACGAUCGUGUUGAAAGAUAGCGUGCACGAGCUCCAUGUAUGCGGUGGUAUCGGGCUGGAGUGGUCGCUUCUUCAAGUAGCGCACGCGACGAUUGGUCGUCGCACUUGUCGGACGGGCCCACACAGCGCAUUGGACCAACGAAUGGGAAGUGAGCGUGCGCGCGAGUACAAUUGUUGGCGAGAGCGAAUUUGUAUUUUGUGGGGGAGCUCCAAUAAAAAGUCAACUUAUCGUGCGCUCACGAUCAUUUUUGCUAUCAACGCGCACAAGUUAAGUUCGUAAAAAGUACGGUGAAAAGUUAAGAAAGCGGGUAAAAAGGUUAAAGCAGGUGAAAAGUUCUAAGAAGUCUUUAAGCAGAAAAGUGAUAUUUUAAAAGUGAAGCCCAUAACAAAAACAAAAAACAUUGAUAUUAAAAGAUCUAUUUCGAUCAGUGUUUAUCAAGUGAAGUUUAAAAAAAAUAUAAAUAAAUAACAGUGUUUUAUAAUAUCGUGUUCCACAGUGACUAUAUGCAUGAGUUAUCACACGAAAAUGGCGCCAAAUCAUCAUCCGCAUCAUUUUAUGUUGCACGGCUUACCGCUGGAACCAGUCUCGCGCACAUACCAAUAUCGGAAAAUCAUGAAACCGAUGCUGGAGCGUAAACGGCGUGCACGCAUCAAUAAAUGUUUGGAUGAAUUGAAGGAUUUAAUGACCAGCACUUUGCAAGCGGAUGGCGAAAAUCUCUCCAAAUUGGAGAAAGCUGACAUCUUGGAGCUCACAGUGCGACAUCUACAUCGGUUGCGCGAGACAAACGGACUCUUUGUACGACACAGCGACACAUUGAAUAUGGAGAAAUUCUGGGCCGGCUUUCAACACUGCGCCGUGGAAGUCUCACAUUUCCUGCAAAAAUAUGAUCAACAAAACAAACAUGCAAAUGGCGAUUUAAUUAAAUAUAUUGCGAGCUAUGUGCCGAAUAUGGCAGCGGCAGUAGCUGCCGCCGCAACCACGGCCAAUGCAACAACCACUCCGGCAACCGCACACAUGCCGCAGUCAGUUGCGGGCAUACCAACCGCCGGCUGCCGCAUGACCAAUCACCUAAAUGAGCAUUACCAAAAAUUCGGCACAACGCUGCAUCAGCAUCCAGCGGAAGCUGCCGCGGCAUUAAGCAAAAUAGCGGCUACCACAGCAGCGGCACCACAGCCACCACUAGCAGCGACAGCAGCACACCAUCGACACCAACAAAUGCAAAUAUCCGCUUCGGCGGUUUCCAACUUUGAACGGAUUUGGGAGGCGGCAGCGCGUGCGGCAGCCAACGGCAAGCAGCGAAUGCAUCCCUACACCCGCAGGGCAUUGCAUAAUCACAGCAAUAAUGUUGGUGGCGCUGCCGCCAUGGCAGACGAUGAGAGUGAUGAAGGCGGCGAUUGUGGCGAUGUUGAUUUUCCAGCGAGCGACGGCCUUGUUUGGCGACCUUGGUGAAGCUUGUGCGAUGUGUGUGCAACAACAAUUUGCGUUCUGUUUUGGUCGCAGCACGUUGUAAGCGGUUAAUUUUACCUUUUACCAUUUAAUCAGCGCAUGCUUAAUGGCAUGUAAUGCCCGCAAAGUCUGUAUAUAUAUGAGUUCGUGUAUGAGCGCGAGUAUUUCAAAGGACCACAGCAGCGAAGUUCUAUAUUUGUAUAUUCAAAUUUGUUGUGUAACAACUGCAUGGUUAAAGCUUUAUUUAUUUAUAUGCGGUAUGCUACAUACAUACAUACAUAGAUGUACGUGCGAAUAAUUCCAGUUAAUAUAUAUUAUUAAUAAUGAUAAUGUUUUGCAGCUGUAUACAAAUACAAAUACAAAUCUAAUAAAUGCAUACACAUUUAAUAUUUACCUUGGGUAAUUGCAUUUGCCUUAAUGAAUUUCAAAUUUUGCAUAAGCUGAUUGUCGGUGUGUGUGUGUAUGUGUUGGUGUGGCAUAUGUGUUUGUGCUUUCUAUUUACGUAAUUAUAAAAUGCAAAUCAUAAAUUAAUAUUAUUACGCAAUAAUUGCGCUGGCAAGCUCAAUUUUGGGGCCAUUAGCUCGCCCUGAUUUUUUUUUUGGGCUAAAUAUAGUUGAGUAAGUGGAUUA